AUGUUGGCCAGGGAUGCGACCGUCAAAGAACGCGAUGGCAAGUCAGGAGCUGAUGCAAGGGGAUCUUCUCAUCCUUCAACGAAAGCGGCGGAAAGACAAGUUGCCUCUCAGCAGCCAUACGCUUCCGACCCCAAAUAUAAGAAGUACACCCAGCAGGUCGAGAAAUGUCUCAACGCGUUCGAUAAUGUCCACGAAUGGGCGGAUUGUAUCGCAUUUCUGAAGCAGCUUCUCAAGACUUUCCAGUCCUACCUGCAGUUCAAAGAGAUCCCACACAAACUAAUCGUCGCAAAACGUUUAGCGCAAUGUCUGAACCCGGCACUCCCUGCUGGCGUGCACCAGAGAGCUCUCGACGUGUAUACACACAUCCUAUCUGUUCUCAGGACCGAGGGCUUGAAGCGUGAUCUCCCCCUUUGGUCGUCAGGAUUAUUUCCAUUCUUUGAAUACGCGUCGACUUCAGUAAAGCCCACUCUGCUCAACAUCUAUGACACCUACUACCUACCUUUGCAACAUGAUCUGCGCCCCGUCAUGAAAUCCUUUAUCCUUGCUUUGUUACCUGGCCUUGAGGAGGAGACUGGGGAGUUCUUUGACAAGGUGCUUGGCUUGCUAGAUCGACUAGCGGAUACUGUGUCUCCAGUUUUCUUCAUGCAAAAUAUGUGGCUUGUCAUGAUCACGAUGCCUCCUGCUAGAGGAUCAGCCCUCAAUUUCCUGUUGCGUCGCCUCCCUGCGCUACACUCGGAAGAUGAUAUCACGCACGUUGUUGGACGGGAUAUUGGUCUAAUGAUUCGAGCGUUCUCUGCUGUACUCGAAGACGACAACCUACUGGUCCGCAGGGGUGCUCUAGACAUCCUACUGCAGUCGAUGCGUAUGGAUAGUGCUACGCUCAAGAGUACACAACCAGAAGAUCGUGCAAUUCUCAUGAAGGCGGCGACUAGCGUCGUCCUGCGUCGUGACUUGUCUCUCAACCGACGGUUAUACACUUGGCUAUUGGGUCCAGAUGACAAGAGCGAUGCUCAAUCUGCAUACCUGAGACAACAUGGUCUGCAGCUCCUCAGCUCUACUUUGAAGGAUGAAAUGUUCACUCCCUCCGAAGAAUACGCCGAGUCCAGACCUUUCAAGAUCUUUAUUUCUCUUCUUGAUAAAUGGGAAAUAGGGUCGCCGCUAACUGAGGACUUGAUUUAUGAUGCCUUGAAAGCUAUUCAUCAGCACAUGCAAUCAAAGUCAGACACGAGUGACGACGUAGCUAUGACAGCGAGCACCUUGCUGGAAGCUGUGGAGCCUAGUAUUCUUUGGAGGCAGUUGUUUCGUUCCAUUCUCCACUCUAUCGAUGAUGGCAAACGGCUAGAGGAACUACGACAGGCAAUUCAUUUGACACUCUUCCUUCUUCGUGAACUUCAAGUGCAUGACGACGAAGUUCGGAGUGUACAUCUCCCUAUCGUUUUUGCGGCGCUCGUGGAGAAACUAUUGGUAAGAGUAUACACCCAUAUUCAAGAGAAUAAUUCUCGUGCGGCAUCCUUGGCAGUCAGGGAAACCUGUAUUCUCCAACAGGAAGUCCUACGGAAUGUGGUACCAGAGGCUCUUCAGGAACGCCCCAAACUAAGUGAUACUGCACUUCAAGAGUCCUCUACUUCUUUCAGUCCGCUCGUAUUUGCCAUGAAGUUCUAUGAUCUUGACCCACCUACUAUUUUGAAUUACCGUCUAGCAGUGCCUAUAACGACUGCUGUUGAACAGCUACUCACAGUAUGUCAGACGUGCGCCAAAUGCAUGGUGCAAACGCAAGGUUCAGGUGCUGACCUGAUAGCUACAUUCUCACAAUUACUCUCUACGCUUACGUGGCUAGUUGAACUUUCUAAUGUGAGCCCUGAUGCAAGCCCCGACGCUUCCCAAGUGCCCUCCGGUUGGCUUGAGGACAUGCUAGAUUGCCUGGAUAUGGAGAGCGUUGGCUUCCCUUUGCUUGACCACUGCAUAAGCCUCAUCAUUGCUCUUCAUCAUUCGUCAAGGCUACUGCCAAAUGCUCCCAUUAAGCAAAAGCUAGUAGUCAGCCGAAUGGUAAAGAGACUUUUCAGGUUUCUCCGACACGACUGUGCCAUUUACCAUGUGCGAGCUGUGGGUCUGGUUUGGACCCUCGAAUCUUCCACUGGUCACCGUUACGUCGAAUCCAUCAUUGCUCAAAGCCUCAACUCGCCCAAUCUUUGUAGUCUGGAGGAGGCAUUCGAGGCAUUUGGAGUGCUCUGGAGACUAACAGAGGACGAGGUCUCCCCCGGUUUCCGCUUAAAGGUCCCUAUGAUGAUAGUACUGGAUACUCUCCGCCACGACCAACCCAGCAUACGGCGAGCUGGUGAGACAUGGAUGCGUUGUAAUCUCCGGUCUUAUGCGAGGGUUUUGGAGCCGAUUGUCUACGACCUUAUUGACCCAACCAUUCGUCGGAAACCCUGCCGGACAAAGAUAAAAGGAAAAGAGGUUCAAGGUUAUAUAUACGAGCAAGCAUUUGAUCAGCGCUACGUUCACCACCUUCUGGAAGUGCUCCUAGCCAUCGUGCAGUUUGGUGGCCAAGGAUUUGUAAAAACUGCUCGGAGCUACCCAAUUAACCGGUCGAACCACAAACCACUAACCCACAGGCUUGCAGCAGGCUCUAUCGAUUCAACUGCAAAUUUCCUUGAUGUAUUGGUUGAGGUACUUUCACGCUUCCUCCAGUCAGAACCAAAAGAACAGCAAGAAACGACGAUGGGUCCUCUGAAUAUCAAAAUACAAUCGGCAUCCGUCGACCUCCUCCAUGCGAUUGUUGCACGAGGUGAAAUCGAUUAUAUUUCGCUUGAGGUAUUGGAACCUGUCGUGAUUGGCAAGCUGUAUUUCACGGUACACCUCCGACGCCUCGACCUGCAAAACAAGUUACUUCGCAUUCUCCACUCACUCAUUUCUGCCCACAUUGCACAAUCGAGCGUUCUUCGCUCGGAGGGCGGCAGUUCAGAGGCGGGACCAAGGACAUAUGCUAUGAAUCCUCUUCUGACUCAGACACUCAUAGAUGGCAUUUCUCUCCCUCAUAACCGUGUAAUGUUGCAACACUGGCUCGACUUCGUGCUAAUGGCAAUCCAGCAAUUUCAGUCGGCCCUACAGGGCGCCAUAUCACCGAUAGUCGAUUGCCUCUGUCGGCAACUUCGUGCAUUUUUGGCCGAUGUUCUUCUAGCCAGUCAACCAGACUCUAGCAUUCUUGGAGUUGCUACUGACGCGGAGUUCAUUAUGCUGCUCAAUGCCGUGGAGCGCCUGCUUAUCCUCGGAUUGGCGAGUCAGGCGGAGCUGAGUCAACAAGACGAAGACUCCCCGUCACAGGAGAAGUCCGCCACGGAAAGCAGUGGUAUCCUGGGUCUUGUCUCCAAUGUGUUUACUGUGGAUAAUGCCUCCACGCAACCUGAUGACCACCUUGUUCCUCGUUCGCCUGGUUACCGGUCGCUGCAUGAAGGGAUUCGUGCUCUGUUCGCCAUUUGGAUCAAUCUCGUGUGGACGGCUCCUAGUUCUAGACGUUCCAAAGAUGAUUCGUUGUCGAUUAUAUAUAGUCGAACACGAGCACGUUGCCGCCGAGCACUUGAGCACCUUUCUCGAGCACAUCCAAAUGAAGUACUCGAAUCUCUAGUCAUAUGUUGGGAUCGCGACCUUACAUUGUAUUCUCGUGAUCCGAAACAAGCGGAGGAUGCCACUUUCGAACUAGUCGACACCCUCAUCGCAAGCGCUCAUUCCGCCGUCCACAUGGUAUGCGAGAGCGUAGGAGCAAGAACUCCAGGGCUCGCGGGUGGAAGUCGAAAGUAUAUUAAUAGUAUCCUGUCCGACAGCACUCUCCUCAAAUUUCUUGAACAAUACUUGUCUCGGCUGGAGGGACCCCUCGCUCUUCAAGUGUGGGGACGAUUUAUCCAGCUUGCGAAGGACGUCAAUUCUAACGUUCGAGAGUUCCGCGCACAGACUUAUCUGGUACUGAGAUGCCUAUGUGUGCUCGGCGAGAAAGUUACCCAAACGACAGCGAUGGAAGACAAACGCAUCAAGAAGGAUCUUCAAGAGGUGUUUGUAAAACUGCUUGAUGCUUGCGUCACGUUUGCUGGACGUAGCUCGGAGUCUGGGAGUUGGAUCAGACGUACCACAAGAGAAUCCAUUAUGAACGGGCGUUCAUCUCCAAUGCCUCGCGGAGUAUUCGACCAGAAGGUAGAGGACAAUGCCAAUCCUAGCACGGCGUCAUUACCAGACAAUGUUAAACCAACGCUGGGCAAUGAGUUGUCACUCCAGAUCACCAACUUCGUUGCAACAACCGUGCUACCCAAUUUGCGCAAGUUCCUCCCCGACAAUGACAAAGUAGCAAGUGCAUGUAGUAAUAUCGUGUAUUACGUCGUGAAUCCGGCGAUAAAAGGGAAGUCGAGACCAUUGGACCUGAAUCCAGUGGUUGUAGAGAUAAUCAAGGAGAUGACCAAGAUAUCUGCUGCGCUUAAGGUCUGGAGGGCACCAGUGAUUGAUAUUCUCUAUGAUAACCGAGUAUUCAAUUCUAACACUGCGGCCGCGACGAGAUGGAAACCUGUAGUCAAAGCACUGUUUGACUCCGACAAGACUUCAUUCGGCGAUCUUCUGAGUCGCAUAGCGUCUGCGCCUUCUGCGAACAUAUUCUCCAAUAGGGAAAAUGAGAUGCUUGUUCGGUCACUCAACCUGCGAAGGCUCUCGUUUGUUUUGUUCACUGGGGAAAAGAACCACUUCUUAACGCAACUACCGAGCGUGCAAGAGAAACUCGUGGAUAUUCUGCGCAAUGUUCCAUCUGCCAUCGUUCAGAGCGAAGUUUAUUUGUGCAUCCGUGUGCUUUUGUGCCGGCUCUCACCGCACAAUUUGACAAGCUUCUGGCCGGUCAUUCUCACUGAACUGUACCGCAUCUUUGAACAAAUCAUCGUGACAGUGCCAGCAGACGAGUCCGAAGAGUUGCCACUCAUUCUGUCAGCUAGCAAGUGUCUUGACCUGUUAUUGACUCUACAGACUGAAGAAUUCCAAAUACAUCAAUGGAUAUUCGUCACAGAUACUGUCGAUGCAAUCUACCGCCCAGAUAACUGGACUCCACAUGCCAUGUUCGACCAGCUAGCUGAAACGAUCACCAGCUUGCCGAUUCCGGAGACGAAGGUAACUUUCCCUUCCGCAGGCCAAUCCGUUAAGAUGCGACGUCCAAUGUUGGACAACCUCCGCCAGAUUGACUCGAUCCGGGACUUGAUGCCCUUCUUCUCACAUGUCAGUAUAUCGUCAUAUGAGAGCGUCUACGCUUGCGCAGGCAACAUCGACUGGGAGGCCGUUGAGCAAGGCAUCCUGGAUGACAUGUUUGAUAGUCGAUGA